GGUCAUAGCAGGUAAUUUCUGACCACAAGAUGUGAUAAGUCAAAAGACCGAAUCUAUCACUCUUUCAGAGACCUUACGCAAGUAUUCCGUCUUGCCACACAUUUCCCGCGUUUCACGCAAUUGCUAUCCAGCGAUGGGAAAUCGACAUUUCUAUAUUGAAACUGGUCAGAUGGUACUUAUCCCCGUGUAUGCCAUACACCACGAUCCAGAUCUGUAUCCAGAACCGGAAAAGUUUAUCCCCGAGCGUUUUAUCAUCAAAAAUAUGCGAUAACGUCCCACUGCCUCGUGGUUGCCCUUUGGAGAUGGUCCCCGCAAUUGUAUUGGAAUGCGAUUUGGCAAGAUGCAGACGAUCAUUGCCUUGGUUUAAUUGCUACGACAUUUUUAGUUCAGUGUAUGCCCACGCACAGAAUCUAAAACAAAGUUU